CAAGCUCUUCAGCCAAUACCACUUAACUUCCUAAAACUUAUCUUUAUAUGCGUGUGUCAAUAUAUUUAUUACAUAAAUAAAGUUGGAAAAAGGCUUUUUGAUUUUACUACCUUGAGUGGAAGAGUGAUCGGCGUCGCAGGAAGACACAGAGAUUGAGACCAUGUGGAACUUAAAGAAGGUGAUACUUUGUUUGCCUGUCCUGCUUGCAGUGGCCCUAGCACAAGAUCCCACCGGGGGCAACGUGCAGGUCAGGAAGCGGAGCCAGAGGGGCAGGAACAGGAAUCAGGCCCUCGGGUCACAGACCACAGGGCUGACCGAGUGGACGUCCUGGUUCAACAUCGACCACCCCGGGGGGAACGGAGACUACGAGAGGCUGGAGGCCAUCCGCUUCUACUACCGGGAGAGGGUGUGCACGCGCCCCGUCGCCAUGGAGGCCAGGACCAGCGACUGGGUGAAGGCCGCCGACACCGGGGAGGUGGUGCACUCCAGCCUGGAUAAGGGCUUCUGGUGCAUCAACAACGAGCAGCCAUACGGCCGCCUCUGCUCCAACUACCACGUGCGAUUCCAGUGCCCGCCAGUGCAGGCCUACUGGACGGACUGGACGGCGUGGGGCGCCUGCUCGGCCACGGCCUGCAGCGACGUGGGCAUCCAGGUGCGCGAGAGAAAGUGCGUGAGCAAGGAGCCCCAGACCCGCCUGCUCUCGCCACCCUGCGAGGGCCCUCACACCGAGAGGCGGGAGUGCACCACCCCUCCAUGCCGAGCCGAUUGGAGCCCUUGGGGCCCAUGGAGCGUCUGCUCGGUGACCUGUGGCAAGGGCCGAAGGGUCAGGAGGCGGACCUGCCUGAGGUCUUCCGUCAGCGUGCAGUGCGUGGGACAUUCUGCAGAGCUCCAGAAGUGUGGAAAGCCCCCCUGCCCAGCGGUGUGCCAGCGAGUGUGCUCUGAGGGCCGCCCCAGCGAUGACUGCAGCCGCUGCGUGUGUAAGGGUCACCUGCUGCGUGGCGAGGUGAAGGGAAUGACCGGCGUGCCCGUGUCCGGAGCCCGGAUCACCCUGGACAGCCAGCCCGAGCUUGUCCUUGCCCAAACCGACGCCAGGGGUCUCUUCACUGUCCCGGGGGUGUGCUCCGGCACUCCGACCCUGGUCUCCAUUCAGAGGGAGAAGUUUUCCCCCGUCGCCGUGACAACAUCCAGCAACAGCACCGGAACAUCCUGGGUCCGGGUGGUCAUGAAGUCAUCCGAGAAGCCGUACAUGGAGAAGCACCCGGAGGACAAGGUGCGAUAUGAAGGGCAGCGCGCGGCGCUAUGCUGCAAGGCCACCGGGACGCCGGUCCCCGACAAAUACUACUGGUACCACAAUGGAACGCUGCUGGAUCGCAGCUUGUACAAGUAUGCAGAAGACCUGAUUUUGAGAGACCUGAAGCCAGGGCAGACCGGACAGUACCACUGCAAGGCCACCAGCGAGGCAGGGAGCAUUAAGUCCUCUCCAGCUUUCGUCACCGUACUUGCUAAAGGCACACCUGCCUGCAUACCCACCCCCGAAAGUCACCUAGUCAAGCUGCCAAUAGACUGCGUGCAGCCAGGAACUAACUCCAGGUUCUAUGAUGCUGGGAGCUGCCCCCAUAACAAGUGUGUGGGAUCGCUGGACUAUGACCUGCGCUGCAGAGACGGCAGCAGCUUUUGCUGUGGGGUGAAGCGCCUGGAAACCCGGGAGAUCAACUGCGGCAGCUACAUCCUGCCGAUCCGUGCCGUUACCGAGUGCGGCUGCCAGAAAUGUGUGGAGCCCAAGGUGCUGGUGCGGGGCAGGGUGGUCGCCGCGGACAACGGGGAGCCCCUGCGCUUUGGCCACAUCUACAUUGGGAAAGAGAGGGUGGGCACCACCGGGUACCAGGGGAGCUUCACCGUCCAGGUGUCCCCCGACACCGAGAGGCUGGUGGUGAACUUUGUGGACCGGCUGGAGAAGUUCAUCGACACCGUCAAGGUUUUCAUCUUCGAUAGAAGGGGGGGUGCUGUCUACCAUGAUGUGAAGGUGAUGCGGAAACAGAAACCUGUUGACAUCAACUCAGCCGAGACUAACACAAUCUACCUGGGAGAGAUCAAAGAUGAGGAUCCCAUUGGCCAGAUAGUCAUACCUCCGAAUUCGUUUCACAAGAACAGCGGGGAGGUUUACGAGGGCACUGUAAAAGCCAGCGUUACUUUCCUUGACCCCAGGAACAUCACCACAGCACCUGCCGCACCAGGAGACCUCAACUUUGUCAACAAUGAAGGAGAUAUGUUUCCGCUCAGGACCUAUGGGAUGUUUUCUGUUGACUUCAGAGACGAAAGCAACCAGGAAGCCCUUGGGGCUGGGGCUGUACAGGUGCUUCUGGACACCGAGCACGUUAAAAUGCCAGAGCACAUUCCUAAGAUGAAGCUGUGGUCCUUGAACCCGGAAACAGGCAUCUGGGAGGAAGAGAGUGACUUUCACUACACUCAGGCCACUGGUGGCGGGAAUGGAAGAAGCAAGCGGGAGGAGCGCACUUUCCUCAUUGGGAACAUGGAAAUCAGGGAGCGUAGACUGUUCAACCUGGACGUGCCGGAAAACCGCCGCUGCUACGUCAAGGUACGGGCAUACAUGAGUGACAAAUUUCUGCCCAAUGAGCAGCUUGAAGGAGUUGUCAUAAACCUCAUCAAUCUGGAGCCCAAGCCUGGAUACUCUGCUAAUCCGAGGGCGUGGGGCCGAUUUGACAGUGUGAUCACUGGACAAAAUGGGGCCUGCUUGCCAGCCUUCUGUGAUGCUCAGAGACCUGAUGCUUACACAGCCUAUGUUACAGCUAUAAUGGGAGGAGAAGAACUAGAAGCAGCUCCCUCAGCCCCAAAAAUGAAUCCCAAUAUCAUUGGAGUAUCCCAGCCAUGCCUGAAGAAAAUAGAUUACAGGCGAUCAGACCACGAGGAUCCUGCUCUCAAGAAAACUGCUUUCAAAAUAAAUUUGCCAAAGCCUAAUCCAAAUAAUUUUGAUGAAACAAAUGGGCCAAUAUACCCCUAUCAGAGUUUAAUAGCCUGUGAAAAUGCACCCAUCGAUGCCAAUCACUUCCGUUUCUUUCGGGUGGAGAAGGACAAGUAUGAGUACAAUGUGGUUCCGUUUGAGGAGAGUGACUUGACAACAUGGACUGGUGACUACCUCGCUUGGUGGCCAAAUCCCCAGGAAUUCCGAGCUUGUUACAUCAAGGUGAAGAUUAACGGGCCCAACGAGGUCAUGGUGAGGUCACGGAACUUUGGCGGCUCUCACCCUGCGACGAGAGGCCAGCUCUAUGGCAUCAGGGACAUCCGCAGCACCCGAGACAUGCAUGUGGCUAACACCUCCGCUGCAUGCCUGGAAUUUAAGUGCAGCGGAAUGCUUUUUGAUCAAGACAUUGUUGACAGGUCGCUCAUCACAGUUCUCCCCCAGGGCAACUGCCGACGAGCAGGCGUCAACAACCUCUUGCAGGAGUACCUCACUAAGCACCCUCCCGUUGUGCAGAACAACGAAAGCUUUGCCUUCAACAUGCUGGCCCCUGUUGACCCGCUCGGUCACAACUACGGUAUCUACACAGUCACAGACCAGAACCCCCGAGUGGCCAAGGAGAUUGCGAUCGGGCGCUGCUUUGAUGGCACCUCAGACGGAUUCUCCCGGGAGAUGAAGCCUGAUUCUGGGGUGGCGUUGACUUUCGCCUGCCCAGAGAGGCCGGUGACUCGGGAAAGCCUUUUCCAGCGCUUGCAGACCAACCCAGCCCAAACUCUGGCUCAGGUGGCUCAGGACAUGAGAGAGGCAGGAGGGGUGCAGGUCAGCAGAGGGGAGCCCCGAGUGGUUGCCUACCCUUCAAGUCAGCAGAGCCGAACCCAGAGUCGCAGGACCAGCAGUACUUCCAGCAGAAGGAGAACUCAAACCAGGACACAGCUUCCUCAGUAGAAUUAUUGUUCG